CGUGCGCGCAGAGCCCCGCUGCGCCCUGAGCGCAGCAGCGAGCCAGGGAGGCAGCGCCAGAGCAGGGCUGGGGUCCGGGCUUAGCCCCCUGCCCCUCCGGGAGGCGCCGGGGAAGGAGGAACGGCCCCGUCCCCAGCCGCUGGAGCAGCCGGGCGAGGUGUGCCCGAGCCGCCCCCAGCCAAGGUCCCGUGCGCUCGGGCUGGAGGGAGCGGCCCAGCCGGGCUAGCAGGGCAGCCGGCGGCUCCGCAGUGCUGGGCGUGCAGGCCAGGCUGCCCGGAGCGCAGGAGGAGCGGCUCGGCCCGGGGCUGGCGCUGCCCGCUGCGGAGGCGAGGGGCCAGGCUGAGCCGGGGAGCGACUCUCAGGGGCGAUCCCGGCUUUCUCCUGGCUCCCGGCUGGGGAGGAGCAUGGGGAGCCCAGCCCGGCGCUAGCAGGGAGACCGGCUGGCUGGCAGCGGGGACCAGGUCACCUGCCUCCCCUCCCCGCAGAGCUUGGCCCUGGCGCACCCCGCGCCGGAGCGCCCGGCCUCGGGCAUGGCCCUGGCGCGCCCCGCGCCGGAGCGCACCCGGAUCUCCGAGGUGGAAAUGGAGCGUUAUUACUGCCUGCUGCAAGCCGCCGCCCGCCUCCACUCCAGCGUCGCCGAAACCACAGUUCCCAUUUGUGCAAAGGACAUCAGUGACGAUCUGAGGAAAAAGUUUGCGUUUCUUUCUGGUGGCCGAGGGAAAGACAACGGUUGGAUCAUCACGUUUCCUGAAAACUCCCAUUUCCAUGAAGCAUCAGAGGAGGUUCUAACGAAAGUCUUAACAUACUUAACUUUGGUCCCAAGUCAACAUGAAUCUGACACAAAAUUUAUCCUAAUCCUGGAUAGAAGAUUGGAUACAUGGACGUCUGUCAAAAUGACUCUCCAAAGGAUAGCAGAGUCCUUCCCGGGAAACCUGCAGUUAGUGAUGGUUCUACGUCCCACUGGGUUUUUCCAGCGCACUUUCACUGACAUUGGAUUUCGCUUCAGUCAGGAGGAUUUUCUACUCAAAUUACCGGUGGUGAUGCUGAGCUCAGUCAGUGAUUUGUUGAUGUAUAUUGAUGAGAAGCAGUUAACCCCGGAGUUCGGGGGCACCUUGGAGUACUGUCAUAGCGAAUGGGUUAUCUUCAGAACUGCUAUCGAGAGUUUUGCACUAACAGUGAAGGAAAUUGCGCAGAUGUUACAAUCUUUCGGCACGGAGCUGGCAGAAACAGAGCUUCCAGAUGACAUGUAUUCAAUUGAGCGCAUCCUGGCUUUGCGCACAGAAAAGUAUUGUCAGCUCAAGGGAGAUAUUACAAUAGUAACAAAAGAAGGAAACGUGCUGUUAAGUAGUUUAGAAGAGCCCGAUGCCAACGAACGUAGUCAGAAACAACACCGCGACAGACCUGGAGACUGGGAAACUGUGAAUCGGUUACUUGCUCAGUUGCAUGAGAUGGAAACUGCUUUUGAUGGCUUCUGGGAAAAACAUCAACUAAAAAUGGAGCAAUAUUUACAACUGUGGAAGUUUGAGCAAAGUUUUCAAGAGCUCCAGAGUGCCAUUGAAUUUUUAAUGGGCCAGCAAGCAGAACUGCCUGACACUGGAGAUAGUGUGGCUGAAGUGAAACAAAGGCUCAAAGACUUGGGUAAUUUAGAUGGAAUGGCUCAGGACCUGGCAGGGAAAGCACAGGUGGUGAUAUUACAUGGGCACCAGCUAGCAGCAAAUCAUCAUUACGCGCUCAGCUUAAUCUGUCAGCAGUGCAAUGAGCUGCGGCACCAUUCUGACGUCCUGUCGGAGGAGAUCAAGAGGAAGCACGUACGACUCCGGAUGACCUUAGAUCUGCACACCCGCCUGCAGCAGGCCCUCGAGUGCUGUGAUGAAGGGGCUAAUCUUCUCGCUAAUCAGCCAAUGGAUAGAUGCCAAUCUAAAGAAGGUGCUGAGAAAGCUCUUCAGGAUAUAGACAAAUUUCUUGAAAGUUCUUUGCCGUACUUCAGCUAUGAUCCCCAAGUCCUGUGCUAUGACUUUGAAUCUGUUUUAACACCUGAAAUAAAGGGCCAGAUACAGUCAGUCCAGAUCAAGCUUGAAAACGUUCGAAGUAUGUUUGAGAAUCGGCAAACUUGCUUCAAAAAGCUUGUGGAUAAACAAGUGCGGCCUGUUCAGUUAGUAGCCCCUCGACCAGAAAACCCACCAAGAUCGAAAUCUCCUUUAUUCUCUCCCAAACACGGCAUGGAUUUUAAUUCCAGUUUAAAGUUUUCAUUUGACAUCUCUCUCCCUGGGAAGAAAACGUCAAGAAAAUCUCACAAUGCUCGUAAGAUUGAAGUAAUGCAUGACUAUCAAGAAAAAAGGAAUUCCUUGCAGUCUUUUAUUUCAGAAAGUGAAGACAACUUAGAUAUACUAAAAGGCCAUGUCAUAAAUGAGCUAAUAGAAACAGAGAGAGUGUACGUAGAGGAACUGUUCACUGUUUUGAUGGGCUACAGGGCUGAAAUGGAUAAUCCAGCGAUGGUCAUUCUCAUGCCGCCUGCCCUGAGAAACAGAGAGGAUGUUCUCUUUGGGAAUAUGCCAGAGAUAUAUGACUUCCAUAACAAAAUUUUCCUACACAAUCUGGAAAGCUGUGUUGGAGCACCAGAGCGAGUGGGGCUUUGUUUCCUGGAAAGGCGAGAAGAUUUUCAGAUGUAUGAGAAAUAUUGUCAGAACAAACCUCGGUCAGAAUCUCUGUGGAGGCAGUGUUCAGAAAGCACCUUCUUUCAGGAAUGCCAAAGAAAAUUAGAACACAGACUUGGGCUGGAUUCCUAUUUGCUCAAACCAGUACAACGUUUGACAAAAUACCAGUUGCUUUUGAAGGAGUUGCUAAAAUACAGCACAAGCUGCGAUGGAGUUAAAGAGUUGCAAGAAGCUCUGGUUGCAAUGUUGGAUUUACUAAAAUCAGUCAAUGACUCUAUGCAUCAAAUUUCAAUAACAGGAUAUGAUGGGGACUUGAGUGAACUUGGAAAAGUAUUGAUGCAAGGAUCGUUCAGUGUUUGGGCAGGACACCGGAAAGGCCCUACAAAAAUGAAGGAUCUUGCCAGGUUCAAACCAAUGCAGAGGCACCUCUUCCUGUAUGACAAAGCCCUGGUGUUUUGUAAGAAGAGAGAGGAGCAUGGAGAUGGAUAUGAUAAAACCUCUUCGUACAGUUUUAAGCAUUUUUUGAAAAUGAAUGCAGUUGGAAUCACUGAAAAUGUGAAGGGGGAUCACCGAAAAUUUGAGAUCUGGUACAGCGGACGAGAAGAGGUGUACGUUGUUCAGGCCCCAACAGUAGAUGUGAAGAUGGCGUGGUUAAGUGAAAUGAGAAAAAUUUUGUUCAAGCAGCAGGAGCUUAUAAAAGUUGAGAAGAAACCAUCCGGUGUGUUUACAGACCAGAUCCAACUUUCCCCGCAGCUGAGUGAUGGAAAGCAGCAUAGAGCCUCCAUAAGCUCAGAAGAAAAUGAUUCUGAACGCACCAGUCCUGUAAUGUUGGAUAGUAUCAGCUCAUCACCACAAAACAAGCCAAACCAAAGUUGGUCUAAAAUGUCACACUCUGUGGAAAUCUGUGAAGGGCUUGAGGACUGGUCCAGCAAUUACCUUUCUAAUUGCUCAGACACAGAAGAAGAAGAUGGGAGCCAGUUGGUUAGUGAUGCAUAUAAAAAUGGUUUAUUUCAAAGGCACUAAAUAGUGUGUCUGAGGUUAUCCACUGUAAGACUUCUCUUUUUGUUAAAAUCUGUAUUUGCUUAUGCCUUUUGUGUAUUGGUGUAUGCAGUGUUGUAGCCGGGGUGGGCCCAGGAUAUUAGAGACACAAGGUGGGCGAGGUCAUAUCUUUUAUCUGUUGGUGACCUGAAGAAGAGUUCUGUGUAGCUUGAAAGCUUGUCUCUCUCCCCAACAGAAGUUGGUCUAAUAAAAGAUAUUACCUCACCCACCUUGUCUCUGUAUAUUGAAUACAUUUUGGUUAAGCUAGCUCUUGAAAAUGCCCCCCUAAAUGUUACAUGUGCAUAUGAACCCUAAGUGGGAUGUGGCAAACAAGACAAAGGAUUUCUGGGGGAAAAUGGACACGGUUGUGCAGAAAGUGAUAAAGAAUGAAAAGUCAUAAUUGGAGCUGACUUUAAUGGUCACUGUGGAGAGACAGUAAAUGCUUCUAAAUGUACCAGAGCAGCCAUGGAUUUGGCCGUAAGAACAAGGAAGGGGAAACUAGCUUACAGUGCACCCAGACGUGAUUUGGUCUGAGUCAUGAAUGCACUUUUCACUAAGAAGGAAGAACAUUUGAUUAUCUAUAAGAGUGAAAGGCUGAGGGUGCAGGUAGGUUACUUCCUGAUAAGCCAAGCUGAGCUGAAGAACAUCAAAAACCUGUCAGGUCAUCUUAAGGGGAAACAUUGCAGCUCAGCAUAGACUUGCUGGUUCUUGACUCUGGAAACGUCUCAUACACGAGAAGAAAAUAGUCCGAAGCAAUACAGCAAACCAGAGGUGGAAGCUUAACGAAGUUAGCAAGGAGUUUAAAAUGAACGUGUUGGAAAAGAUCUCUUUAGAAGGGCUAAGAGAAAAUAUGACUCAAUGGCAGAAUCAUAUUGCAAGCAAAACUCAAGAAUGUACAAAAGCAGGAGUCAUUUUCUCCAGUUAGAUCUGGUGGUGGAAUGAGAAAGUUCGAGAGGGCAUCCAGGAGAAAAAAGUGUUUAAACAAUGUCAAGCAACGCUCCAACAGCAGGAUUUUCAAGAGUAUGAAAUGAAGAAAGAGCUGACAGCCACUGUGGCUAAAGCUGUGGAAGGCUGAUAUGCCCAUCUUGAAACAAAGCAGGGUGAGAGAGAAAUAUACAGACUGGCAAUAAGAGAAGUAAAGAUAUUGGUGAGAUCAAGUCACUAGAGAUGAAAGUGGAAAUAUGUUAAUCAACGAGACCAAAUUAAGGAAUGGCAGAGAAAUUACUUUGAAAGGCUUCUGAAUUAAGAGAAUCCAAGAGAACCAUUCUUGUGAUAAAACCAAACCAGGAUCUGAUGGCACCAGUCCUUGAAGAAGUAGUUGAGGAAGCAUUGGGCAACAUGAAAAAUAAGA